AUGAGCAAAGACGAUGAAUAUGACUACCUUUUCAAGGUGGUGCUGAUUGGUGACUCUGGCGUCGGUAAGAGUAAUCUGCUGUCGCGGUUUACACGCAACCAGUUCAACCUCGAAUCCAAGUCCACCAUUGGUGUCGAAUUCGCCACCAGGAGCAUCAAGUGUGACAGCAAAACCAUCAAGGCCCAGAUUUGGGACACAGCGGGUCAGGAGCGCUACCGAGCCAUCACGAGCGCGUACUACCGAGGAGCCGUCGGUGCUCUGCUCGUGUACGACAUCUCCAAGGCCGUGACGUACGAGAACGUCGAGAGGUGGCUCAAUGAGCUGCGCGAUCACGCCGACAGCAACAUCGUCAUCAUGCUCGUCGGCAACAAGAGCGAUUUGAGGCAUCUGCGCGCCGUGCCCACCGAGCAGGCCGCUGCCCUGGCUGAGAAGCAUGGUCUCUCCUUCAUCGAGACUUCGGCCCUCGACUCCACCAACGUCGAGCUUGCCUUCCAAAAGAUCCUCACCGAGAUCUUCCACAUCGUUAACGGCGGGAAGCAGCUGGAGACGAAGAAGGACUCUCAGAGCGUCGACGGCGAGACUGAGGUGGUACAGGUCGGCGGCGACCCAGCCCCCAAGAAGGCCGGCGCCUGCUGCGGCUAA